AUGACCUCCAUACAGAGGCAUGAGCUCCAGGCUCUGGUCAAGCUGGUGAACAGCAACCAGCUUCUGAACCGCCAAUUAUCCCAAAUUUGUCAGCUCAACGGGCUCACUAGCAGCGGCGUUAAGGCGGCUCUGCAAAGUCGCAUCGUCAGUGCUAUCGAAGAAGCCUUCAAGAACAGCGACGCGACUCGCUUCCAGCAAAUCCAACGAAGCAUCGAGACCACAAGGACCGGCUCCUCCGCUUCGCCCGCCUCUCAAAAGAGUGGACGUCCCGCCACAGCGACUCCGCCAGUGUCAAUGAUGCGGCAAGACCAAUACUGGGGGCGCAAUGCCCGCCCCAGCGGUGCGAAUGGCCCUGCUCUGCCCGGGUAUGGAUCAAGCGGGCUCUCUUUCAAGAACAGUCCCUUCUACGAGAUCCAGUUCCGGGUCGGCGAUGUGCGCUCGUGCGAGGCUAUGAGCCAGCAUAGGAACAUGGUCUCGAUUCCAGUCAAAGUCAGCGAUAAUCUCAAUCUGAACAGAGUUCUCGAUGACAAGUCACUACGCAUCAUGGUCUUCUGCGCCGGAGAUAGCAAUGGCGUCCAGGAUAUCGCGUUUCCCCAUCAGUCGGAGAUCAAGGUCAACGGUAACGAGGUCAAGGCGAAUCUCAGAGGCUUGAAGAACAAGCCAGGCUCGACAAGGCCAGUCGACAUUACGAGUUAUUUGCGUCUGAAAAAUGACAACAGAAAUCUCGUUGAGUUCACCUAUGCGUUGACUCAAAAGAAAUUCUAUCUUGUCCUGAACGUCUGCCGUAUCACCUCGGCGCAGGACCUGGCCGACAACAUCAAGAAGGGGCAGAAGAUCCCCAAAAACAAGGUGAUUGAGGAGAUCAGCAAGAAAGCGGCGGAUACAGAUAUCGUCACGACAUCUCAAGUCCUGUCUCUCAAGUGUCCUCUAUCCUACAUGCGUCUUGAUGUCCCGUGCCGCUCUGUCAACUGUUCGCACAUCCAAUGUUUCGACGCAACGUCGUACCUCCAAUUGCAAGAGCAGGGUCCUCAGUGGCUUUGCCCGAUUUGCAAUAAACCGGCGCCAUACGCACAGCUGGCCGUUGACGAGUACGUAAGAGACAUCCUAGCGAACACAUCAAAGUCCCUAGAUCAAGUCACCAUUGAACCAGACGGACAGUGGCGAGUGAACACAGGACAGGCCGAGAACAGGCCGACCAAUGGUGGAAGCGGCCUUGUUGACGAAGACGAUGAUGACGACGACGACGACGACUGGGGUAUCGUGGAGGUCAACCCAGUUCGCAGUCGAAACUUUGAAACUCCCAACCGGUCAGUCGCCAGCACGGCGACUCCGACGACAACGGUGAUGUCUCGAGAAAGCUCGACGAUGCCGCGGGGCGUGGCCACAACAAGCGCCAAGAGACUGCAUUCGGAUAGGGUGACAAUAGACCUGACCCUAUCCGACGAUGAUGAGCCAGCCGCACCGCCUCCGAAGCGGCAGCAACUACAGGGGCCGGGAUCGAGUAACUACAACAGCAAUGGUUACAGUAGCAGCAUGUUUUGA